AUAUCCGCCAAUCAAAUCUGCAUUUAUGUGUACACCCUGUCCUAUAUAUGUAGAAUCAAAAGGUUCGUUCACCCGUUCCUUUUAACUUAAGAGACAUUUUAAUUACUGGAUCAAAAUGGAUAGUUGCAAUCAAUUAACACAAAUUAACUGAAAAUACGAUCUAUCGACAAAAUAAAUGAUUGAUGAACCAAAUAACAUAUCAAAGGUGGGAAAUUUUAUUCGGUCAGAAGCGGGUGCGGUGCGUGAGGUCAGCAGUUAAGAGAUCUCUUUUGUCAGAGAAGAGUCGUCGAGCGGAUUACAUGUUUAGUCGCGCCCUCGAGCUUGCUCACACCAUCGUGACGAUUAUACGUUCUACUGAACGUUCCUCGUUCUCCGGACCUCGGCCGGACCACAUUAUCUAACUCAACUUCGAUUGGAGAUCAUUAACUCGUUCUUUCCAAUUUGUGUCAUUUCAAUAUUAAAUAGAAAUCAUGAAAUACUCGAUACUGUUGAGCUUGUUAAUCACUUGCUUGAUUCGGUCACCAAUUGUUCAUUGUGGGACACGACCGAGUUUUGUCUCUGACGAGAUGAUCGCAACAGCAGCCAGCGUGGUGAAUGCUUGCCAGACACAGACAGGAGUGGCAACAGUGGACAUAGAGGCAGUAAGAAAUGGUCAAUGGCCUGAAACACGUCAAUUGAAGCAUUCUUUUUGCUUUGCAGUGUUACAUGUACUGUUUAUGGGAACAAUUCGGAUUGGUGGAUGACAAGAGAGAACUUAGUUUGAACGGCAUGCUCACAUUUUUCCAAAGAAUACCAGCAUACAGAGCUGAAGUUCAGAAAGCGAUCAGCGAAUGCAAGGGGAUCGGUAAAUAUUUGGCUAAGGGCGACAAUUGCGAAUACGCGUAUAGAUUUAACAAAUGUUACGCGGAAUUGUCUCCACGGACGUAUUAUCUCUUUUAACCGAGUUUUUAUCUGAGCCAAAGAAGAAACAAGAUCAAAGGGAAAUGAUGCUUAUGAUGACUGUAGGACGAAUCGAAACUCGGAUAGAAUCUUGAUUCGUUUUAUCAUAAAACGGAAUCAUACAUCGUUUGAAUGUAGACGACGACUCUCUGUAUGGGAAAGAAGUUAAUAAAAAAAAGAAAAAAAAGAAAAAAAAAGGAAAAAAAAAUUCGAGACAUGUAUAUUAUUUGUCUUACUGUUUCCUACAUCGAUAUUGAGAUAUGUAUCCUUUAUGUUUUAUUCGUUUUAAAGAUAUUUCAAAAAUGUUGAUACUACAAAACUGGAGUAACCGUUUAAACUAUCCAGUUGAUCGCAAUUUCCGAUGCUUGGUCGGUCCAAUUGUCAAUUGAGGUCAUGAUUAAGCGUGAUAGAAAGGAAUGAUUUGAGAACGAGAUAAAUUUCGUUUGAAUAAUAUACAUUGUAGUAAUACAACAUAACAAUAAUAAUUUUUUUAAAUCAAAAACCAACAAAUUUUUACAAUAUCCAUGUAACAACGUGAUUGAUUAAACAACGCGCGCUCUCUCUUUUAUAUAUAAAAAAUGGACAGUUCGAUCAUCCGUUUAAUUGUUAUGUAUUCUCAUCGCAUAGAAGGAAACACGUUUUAAUUAACGUCGUUUCCAAGAUGUUCAAAUACACGAGCUCUGCAUAUUAAUUAAACGUUUUGCAUUACAUUGUAUUCCAUUCUCAGGCUUUGUGUUCGAUAAUAACCCUUUGUUAUAAAUUAAUUAUCUUGUAUUAACGCUAAAUUUUGUACUUUUGUCAGAGUUUAAGUUCUUCUUUGGCUGUUAUACCGUAUUAUUAGAUAAAUGUUCUUGAUCAAGAAGAAACGUUUGCAUAUUCAUUAGACGAGCAAGAUUUGAUUCGUGUUUUCUGAAUUGAUACGUACAAUUUGAAAAUUAUGGCGACCAAUUAUCACUUCCCGUUUGGGUAAAAAGUGAACAUCUAUAAAUGCUACGAAUUCGUACCAGGAAAACAUAGUCCACUAGUGUUGUUUUGUACAUAAAGAAUCAAUUUUUUUAUUUUUCUAUCAAUCGCAACGAAUCGUCGAGAAAAUGAGAACAGCGAAAAUUUGGUUGAUAUCAUUAUUGUAUUAUUUGGUAUUGCAAAUCGUUCUCGUUUACGGAGUCAGCGAUAUCGACGAAUUUAGAGAAUUGACGUCUAAAUACAGGAAAAAGUGUAUUAGCGAGACUAAAACGACAGCUGAGGUUGUCGAAGCUACGGAAUAUGGAGAAUUUCCUGAUGAUGAGAAAUUGAAAUGUUACUUCAAUUGCGUACUUGAAAAGUAUAAUGUGAUGGAUAAGAAAAAUGGAAAGAUAAAAUAUAAUUUACUGAAAACAGUAAUUCCAGAAGCAUUUAAAGAAAUAGGUCACGAGAUGAUUGAUACUUGCAGCAGUAUCGAUUCAAAUGACAAAUGCGAAAAAUCUUUUAUGUUUAUGAAGUGUAUGUUCGAAGUCAAUCCCAUAGCAUUUAUUGCUCCGUGAUCACCAGAAAUACAGACUGUGGAUCAUUACUGUAUCGUUAUUAUAAGAUAAAUUUGUUGGAUCCGUAUUUCAUAAAAAUAUAAUUAUUUAUGAAAAUGUGAAAUAUACGUUAGAAACAUAUCGACCAACGUUUUGUCUUGAAAAUCGUUCACACACGGCA